AUGAUUGAUGAAGAAGCUCUUAAGCUCCUUAGUUGGCAUGCCUUUGGAAGUCAUUGUCCCAAUAAAGAAUAUAUUGAACUCACAAGAGAUGUUGUUGAUUAUUGUGGAGGGUUGCCACUGGCUCUUAAAGUUGUAGGUCGUUUCUUGGCUACAAAAAAGAGUAAAAGCAUAUGGGAAAGUACAUUGGAUAGGUUGAGAAACAUUCCAUAUGGCAUUAUUCAUGAAACGCUUAAAAUAAGCUAUGAUGGUUUAAGUGACGAUCGUGUGAAGUGUGUGUUCCUUGACAUAUCUUUUUUCUUUAUUGGAUGGCAUAGAGCUACUGCCAUGGCAAUAUUGGAUAGUUGCAGUAACUUUUCUGUAGAAUCAAAAAUCAACACUCUCCAAGAUCGAUGUCUUCUAGAUAUUGAUAGAGGAUUUUUUAGGAUGCAUGAUUUGAUUCGAGACAUGGGAAGGGAAAUUGUGUGGGCAGAAUAUGCUAUGGAACCUGGAAAACGUAGUCGAUUGUGGCAUCAUGAAGAUGUAACAAGCAUGUUAAGUAACAACUCUUUGCCCAAGAAGUUGAAGUUUCUUAUUCUUAAUCAUUCCCAUAACCUGACUGAAUUACCAGACUUUUCAAAACUCCCACAUAUUCAUCGAUUGAUCCUUAAAGGCUGCAAGGGCAGUCCAGAGUUGCCGACAAGCUUGCAUACGCUUAGAGCGAAUUACUGCAUUGCACUGGAAAUAAUGCCUGACUUUUCAGAGAUGUCGAAAAUGACAGAAUUGCAACUAAAAGACUACCACAAACUCAAAGAUAUUCCACACUUGGAUAACUCGUUAGGGUACAUGCAAAACAUUCAUAGGGAAGGGUGCACCAACCUUACUCUUCCUUUUAAGGAGAGCAUCCAAAAGGUAACCUACCUCUCUCCCUCUGGAAAUGAAAUUCCUUACUGGUUAGCCGCUGUCACAACUGAAGGUGAAAUUGUCAAAUAUGAAGUGGCGCAAAGUAUUGAUGACGAAUCCCAGUGUGUUGGGUCUCUAUGCAUUGAUGUUGCCAAUCAUACCCAGCGAACUCAGUUUUCCAUCUGUCCAAUGGAUGCCACCGUAAUUGCUUCAGGUGAAGAUUAUCUUUGGUUGGGAAAUCUUUCAUACAAAAAGCUGAAACUGAAAGGCAGCGACACUGUUCUUGUGCAUGCAUAA